UUACCUCCAUAGUCAAACCCAAUCCUCACACAGUCAACUGUGCAAUGAAAUAUUAAAAACAGAAUAAAUACAAUUCCAUCUUCGCCGCAGUAGGGUGAAGUGUUGCCAUGUCUUGGAAAGUGUUUAGUGUGUUGUGUGUGUGUGGCCUAGCCCGGACUCAAGUGAUACCGGGGAAGUCCCGGACGAACGAAGGGGAUUACAAUACUGUGAACACCGAUGGAUCCUUUGAUUUUGGAUACGCGAAUAAGGACCGGGGCAGCAGCUACCACUUGGCGCAUGGUAACGCCAAUAAGGUGGUCGGCGGGCGCUUUGGCGCCGUGGACCCGGCAACCGGCACCGUCAAGGAGACCGUCUACACCGCCGGACCUAGAGGUUUUCGGGCGAAAGGCCCCAAUGUGCACCGCAAGAUGGACCUAGACCAGCGGCCGCGCGGGCCCAUCGGCAACAAGGACGACCCCUACUUCGACCCCAACGAGGACCCCAGCUACGCGUACAAGUUCGACACGCGCACCUACUCCAAGAACGAAAACGCUGACGCCAGGGGAGACGUUAAAGGACACUACUCGUACGUGGACGACGUCGGCGAGCGACACGACGUGUCGUACAUCGCGGGGCGCGACACCGGCUUCCACGUGUCGUCGGCGCACCCCGACAGCCCCAACCUGAUCGGCUCGCCGUUCCAUCGGGCCCCUCUAGUGCGAGGGGAGACGCGGCCGAGAGGGCGCACUGCUGUGCAACGUGGGCUGGAUGGAUCCUACAGGUAUUACAGACGUGUUAGACUGUUAGCUAAGUCGCACCCCGACAGCCCCAACCUGAUCGGCUCGCCGUUCCAUCGAGCCCCUCUAGUGCGAGGGGAGACGCGGCCGAGAGGACGCACUGCUGUGCAACCGCACCCCGACAGCCCCAACCUGAUCGGCUCGCCGUUCCAUCGAGCCCCUCUAGUGCGAGGGGAGACGCGGCCGAGAGGACGCACUGCUGUGCAACGUGGGCUGGACGGCUCCUACAGCCCCAACCUGAUCGGCUCGCCGUUCCAUCGAGCCCCUCUAGUGCGAGGGGAGACGCGGCCGAGAGGACGCACUGCUGUGCAACGUGGGCUGGAUGGAUCCUACAGCCCCAACCUGAUCGGCUCGCCGUUCCAUCGAGCCCCUCUAGUGCGAGGGGAGACGCGGCCGAGAGGACGCACUGCUGUGCAACGUGGGCUGGACGGAUCCUACAGCGCACCCCGACAGCCCCAACCUGAUCGGCUCGCCGUUCCAUCGAGCCCCUCUAGUGCGAGGGGGAGACGCGGCCGAGAGGACGCACUGCUGUGCAACGUGGGCUGGACGGAUCCUACAGCGCACGUCGACAGCCCCAGCCUGAUCGGCUCGCCGUUCCAUCGAGCCCCUCUAGUGCGAGGAGGGGAGACGCGGCCGAGAGGACGCACUGCUGUGCAACGUGGGCUGGAUGGAUCCUACAGAUUCAUAUCAGCGGGCCCAGAUCAGAGGCGAACGGAGAGCAGCGAUGCGCAGGGCAAUGUCCGAGGCUCCUACACUUUCCUGGACGACAAAGGAGUGCAAAGGACGGUGAACUACAUAGCCGGGCCGGGCAUCGGCUACCGCAUAGUGAAGAGCAACAAGGACCCGUAUAUCCCCCCCUACUUCCCCACCAUUCCCAGCGCGUACGACUCCGACUUCGUAAGCGCGGGCGCUACCGGAUACUCGCCCGACGACACAGGAGUUGGUGAUAUAUUCCAAGGUAUACCAGAUACUUACUAAUUUACUUUACUAGCCGGGCUGAACAUCGGCUACCAUACAGUGAAGAUCAACAAGGACCCGCUCAUCCCCCCCUACUUCCCCACCAUUCCCAGCGCGUACGACCCCGACUUCGUAAGCGCGGGCGCCACCGGCUACUCGCCCGACGACACAGGAGUUGGUGAUAUAUUCCAAGGUCCAGACGCUACUGCUGCUUCAGGCCACGUAAAGCCUUCGCCAUUCUCAGAUAAAGAUAAACCUGGCAAACCCAGCAAGAAGCCCAUCAAGCCCACUCGGCCCACAGGCUUCACCGACGACGAUGAUGUCACCGGAGAUGGCGAUUAUUCCCCGUCCUACAACGGGGAUGACGACACUCCUUUUGACAAGGGCAGUGACGACGGUUCUUACAACCAAGGCAGUGGCAGCAAGGGCCCCUUAGGCAGUGGGAACAAAGGUCCUUUUAACCAGGGAAGCGGCUCAGGCAGUCAAGGUUCUUACAACCAAGGAGGUAGCAGCAAACCCCCUUUUAACCAAGGUGGAAGCAAUCAAGGAUCAGGAAGCAAUGGCAGUCAAAGCGGCAACCAGGGCGGCAGCAGCGAAGAAGACCUCGGCUUCGAUGGAGACGCAGGGUUCGGAGACAAGCCCACCAAAGGACCAGGAAAACCGGGGCGGCCAACGAGCAAGCCUUAUAAACCGGCGAAGAAACCUUAUGUGCCACUAAAACCUUUCCAGACGACGAAUAUUAAUGACGACAGGGACGAUUACGACGCCGGGAAAGGUGAUAAAGACGGUCCGCUGUACGGUAUAGGAUUCAAUAUACACCACACUAAACCGGGAACGACCAUUAUUAAGAACAUAGGCCAGGACUACUUCGGGGUCCCCCCGGGCGUGUCGGUCCGAGCGCACGUGCAAAGCAUCGACUUGUACCCGUACGAGUCGAAACCGAUCUCGCCGUCUGAAGCUAUAGAAAAAGACAAGACGUAAAACUAUAAAUAUACAUACUAAAUUAUUGUUUACUUUUAAGUAUAACUGUGGCUAUUCGAACAUUUCAAUAACAAAAUUUGUAUCAAACCAUAUUUUGUAUGUGUAAUAAAAAUCGC